CUGUCCACAGGCUUUGUCCUCAAUCCUCAAGGGAAUCUGAUGGUGGUGGUCUCUGCAUAAGAAAAAGGAAUCCUCCGAGUCUCCGCCGGGAGAGUCUCCUCUCACCGACCAGGGUCUAGUCAAGUGAAAUUUGCCUCCCUAAAGAGAAUCCAAGCGAACAAAAUGGACGCCUUCUCUUCCUCCUUCCUCUCAUCUACUUUCACUUUCCCUUCCCUCACAACAAGACCACCAAUCGCCCCAUCAUCACUGCCCCAAAUUCCUUCUCUUAACAUCUCUGCCGUCAGAAUCGAAGAAAAACAACCACAAAGCUUGACUGCAGAAACAUCAUCCCAGUCUUCCAAGACCCAAGUCCACAAACCUCCACCACCACCACCCCGACGAGCUGCUUUGCCAACCAGAAACAUACCCAAAAAAGGAGCUGCAGAGCCGUCCCUGCCGGUCACCAUUUUUAACGCACUGGACGAUGUCAUCAACAAUUUCAUAGACCCUCCACUCCGGUCCUCCGUAGACCCAAGGUACGUUCUCUCUCAAAACUUCGCCCCAGUGGAAGAGCUGCCGCCCACAGAAUGUGAGGUAACAGACGGUUCGCUCCCACCAUGGCUGGAUGGCGCUUACAUUCGCAACGGCCCCAAUCCGCAGUUCCUUCCCCGUGGUCCUUAUCACCUCUUUGAUGGCGAUGGCAUGCUCCACUCCAUCAGAAUUUCCCAAGGCCGAGCCAUUCUCUGCAGCCGUUAUGUUAAGACUUACAAGUACACCAUUGAGCGCCGCGCUGGCUCUCCAAUUCUUCCUAAUGUCUUCUCCGGAUUCAACGGCCUCACUGCCUCCGCCGCGCGCGGUGCACUGUCCGCUGCCCGAAUUCUCACCGGCCAGUUUAAUCCCGUUAAUGGCAUUGGUCUCGCCAACACCAGCCUAGCUUUGUUCGGCGGCCGUCUCUACGCCUUGGGUGAAUCUGAUCUCCCUUACUCUUUGAGAUUGAAGCCCGACGGAGAUAUCGAGACUCUGGGUCGGCAUGAUUUUGAUGGGAAGCUGGUCAUGAGCAUGACAGCUCACCCUAAGGUAGAUCCAGAGACCGGAGAGGCGUUUGCUUUCCGUUACGGGCCAGUGCCUCCAUUCCUAACCUACUUCCGAUUCGAUGCUCAAGGGAGGAAACAACCUGAUGUCCCAAUCUUCUCACUGACUAGUCCAUCGUUCCUCCAUGACUUUGGAAUCACCAAAAAAUACGCCAUAUUUGCAGACAUACAGAUAGGAAUGAACCCCGUGGAAAUGGUCACCGGAGGCUCGCCGGUGGGUACAGUGCCGAACAAAGUACCCAGAUUGGGAAUCAUACCACGUUACGCAAAAGAUGAGUCCGAGAUGAGGUGGUUCAACGUCCCGGGGUUCAAUAUCGUGCACUCCAUCAACGCCUGGGAUGAAGAAGAUGCUAUAAUCAUGGUGGCACCAAACAUAUUAUCAGUGGAACAUACCUUGGAGAGGUUGGAUAUGAUCCAUGCGUCGGUGGAGAUGGUGAGAAUAGACCUAAAAACAGGAAUGGUGACGAGGCAUCCGCUAUCCACACGGAAUCUGGACUUUGCGGUGAUAAACCCAGGAUAUGUGGGGAAAAAGAACAAAUACGUGUACGCAGCAGUGGGUAAUCCGAUGCCCAAGAUAUCAGGAGUGGUGAAGCUGGACGUGUCCCAAACUGAGCGCAAGGAGUGCAUUGUGGGAAGCAGGAUGUAUGGACCAGGGUGCUAUGGGGGCGAACCGUUCUUCGUGGCAAGGGAGCCAGAUAAUCCAGAGGCGGAGGAGGAUGAUGGGUACAUAGUGUCGUAUGUGCACGAUGAGAAGAGUGGAGAGUCAAAGUUCUUGGUGAUGGAUGCCAAGACUCCUAAUCUGGAUAUUGUGGCUGCCGUGAGGCUGCCUCGCCGGGUGCCUUACGGUUUCCAUGGACUGUUUGUGAGGGAAAGGGACAUUAAAGGACUCUGACAAAAAUCCGGCUGAACAUGCUACCCCACACAGCCUUCACUCUCACUCACAACUCAGAAGGCGCACUGGCCGUAUAAUUUGGUUAUUUCGAUAUCAUGUAUUUAUUAUAUACACAAAAGGAAAUAAAAAAUAAAAAUGUACACUCUACAUUGAAGUAUAUAUUGUACAUCAAGAGAGUUCCGAAUUAAUGCUUCUCAAAAAGGCCCUGUGCCAUCUUAUGUAAAUGUUCACACGGUCAGAGCUGAUUGUAUGUCGAUUUGAAGAAGCGCAUAAUAGAUACCCCUUUCACAUU